CAUUAUCGUCUUCCGCUGCCAUCCUCGAAACCUUCCCGCUCUCUACGACUAUUUUCACCGCAAUUCUAGAAUUUCUUUUGAACCAUCGAUGUCUUCUUCUUCAUUGAACGAUGCUGAAGCUCUUCGGAGCCGUAUCCUUUCGAGUAAGCUCUACUUCGAUGUGCCUCUGUCCAAGGUUCCACUUCUCUACUCGAACUCGUACGAUAUAGCGUUUCUCGGCAUUGAGAAAUUGCACCCGUUUGAUUCAUCAAAAUGGGGAAACAUUUGUCAAUUCCUCAUCUCUUUUGGUAUUUUGGAAAGAUGUAUUGUUGAGCCCCUUGAAGCUUCCGAGGAUGAUCUUCUAGUGGUACAUUCAGAAUCAUACUUGAAUAGCCUGAAGGAAAGUUCAAAUGUUGCUAGGAUAGUUGAGGUCCCUCCUGUGGCAUUACUUCCUAAUUGUCUUGUGCAAAAGAAAGUUCUUUUCCCUUUUCGAAAGCAGGUUGGAGGAACUAUAUUGGCAGCAAAGCUUGCCAAGGAGAGAGGAUGGGCCAUUAAUAUAGGAGGAGGUUUCCAUCACUGUUCUGCUGAAAGAGGAGGUGGCUUUUGUGCAUAUGCAGAUAUUUCUUUAUGCAUCCACUUUGCAUAUGUUCGAUUGAAUAUGUCAAGGGUCAUGAUCAUUGAUCUUGAUGCACAUCAAGGAAACGGUCAUGAAUUGGACUUCGCCAAUGAUAGCCGUGUCUAUAUCCUGGAUAUGUAUAACCCUGGAAUAUAUCCUUUUGACUAUGAGGCGAGGAAUUAUAUAGAUCAGAAAGUUGAAGUGAAGAGUGGGACGCUUACUGAAGAAUACCUGCGGAAAUUGGACGAAGCACUUCAGGUUGCGGGAAAUAGGUUUGACCCUGAGCUGAUUGUUUAUAAUGCUGGGACUGACAUCCUUGAUGGUGACCCAUUAGGCAGGUUGAAGAUCAGUCCUGAAGGGAUUGUGCAAAGAGAUGAGAAAGUCUUCCAAUUUGCUUGUGAAAAGAACAUUCCAAUUGUCAUGCUCACAUCAGGUGGUUACAUGAAAUCCAGUGCUAGAGUCAUUGCAGACUCAAUUGUUAAUCUGUCGAAGAAAUGUUUGAUACAGACAAGUAAAGGCCACACUUCUACAUGAAAUGCUCCUGCACUUUCAGGUUUCCCUGCACUGAAGAUGCGUCACAGUAGUAGCUCCAUGUCCUAAAAGUAUAUGGAUUAGAAUGUUGCUAUAUCAGAGUAAAAUACAUGUACGUAUAGUUUAUGAUAAAAGCUUAAUAUAAAUGUAGUGGAAAAUGAAUUUUGCCUUUGCAUGUAGGAUUUGCAACCUGCGAGUACACUUACGGUGAAGAUGUAUGUAUUAAUUAAUAAUGACAUAGAUGAGUCUGAAUUUAUAAUGUA